UUAUAUAAUUAUCAAUGGUUUCUUAAAGUUAAUCUUUACGAAGAAAACGUUUAAUUGACAUGAAAACUCGAUUGUGAACACCCAAACAUCCACAUCAAUAAGCAAAGUAGCUUUGAAAUCGCCACUUUAAAGCAGUAGAUGUCGCUACAGUGUUUUGUAUAGUUUCAUGGUCAUGUACCGUUCCUAUAAAACGGAAGAGCGCAAUAUAAUAGGAUUAUAUUAGAGUGUAGAAUCGACUUGGUUCAGAAGUGUUCGCAAUGGCGCUCCAAAUAGCGCUAUCAUGUUUAUGUUUAAUUCUCUUUUCGAACGGAAUAACAAUGCAAAAUGUCAACCAACCCAAUCAGCCAUCGUCUCAGGUGCCAAAUUUGGGAGAAUUCGAAUCCGAUUCGUCGAUUGACGAACCCAUCGUUUUUAAAACAAAGGAAGAAUGCGCUGGAUGUCCAACAAAAAUAAACACAAACGCCGAGGGGGUAGAUCCAUUGUUAGAAAUGGCCAUGAAAGAUAUCGAAUCAGUACGGGAUAGAAGACAACUCCUCUUGGAAUUAAUCGACCUUGAACGCCAAGUUGUUAAUGGAAUUAAAUUUGGCGCUACAAUCAAAGUUGGUUCAUCGAAAUGUUUAAGAAACGCCGACAUCAUUUUAUCCAGUUGCGAAUUGGACGAAUCUAUUGAUUCGGAAUAUUGCAGAAUCGAAUUUUUGCAAAAACCUUGGAUAUCCAACGACAAAUUUAUAAUACGAAAUAAUUGCACCUCUAAAACAUACUCAUUCCCGGAAGAAGCGAUCAUUAAAACAACGACCACUCAAAAACCAAAAGAAUUAACACCCGAAGACAUUCGCAACAUCGAAAUGCAAAUAAUUUCCGAUGAUCUUUUCAACUACAUGUUUGAAAACGAAGAUUUCGAAAAUCGUUUAGACACCCCGGUUUAUUCAGAUGCGCCACUACAAAUUUUAGACUUAGGAAGUAUGGAUGACGAAGACAAUAGAUUUUACGAUGUUCGCCGUAAAAGGGGUUUACAUACUUCUGAAGAAUCAAACAGUAACGAAACAUCGAGUGAGGAACAUCAUAAAAGAACCGUUCGCGAAUUAAACACAUCUGAAGAUUCUAAAAGUAAUGAUACUUCUGUUAGUAGUCAUGAACAUCAAAGAGUUCGCCGAAGCGACAGUAGUAGUAGCAGUAGUAGUUCUGAUGAUGAUAAUAACGGUAAUAAUGGAAAUGGCGAAGAUAACAACGUUCGGCAAAGUUACGUAAAAGGUAAAGAGUCCCAUAACGAUAAAAAUGGAAAUGGCGAUGAUAACAACGAUACAAGCUCUAGUUCAAGUAGCGAUGACGAUAAUAACGAUAACAAUGGAAAAAAGAAUAAAAUAAAGAGGGGCACCCCUUUAGAAGCGUUAGAUGAAAAAAUUUUAUUAAGAAACUUAGCUAACUUUGUAACAUCUUCGCUUGAUGACACCGACGACGAUGAUUUUAAACAAAUUCCAGCUUCAAUAGUGAAACUACAACGUUCCGAUAUAGAAGGAUUAGUUUAUCAUUUAAAAUUAAAAAUAGUAGACUCAAUUUGUCCGGAAACUAAAACCACAACAACCGAUAAUUUCCUCGUUAAUCACUCCCACAAUGAAGAAUGCCAUUCAGAUCUUAUUCCAAACACAACGAAAGUUUGCAAAGUUAAAGUUUAUGUUCCAAACACAUUUGUAAAUCCGAAAAUUCUUAGUUCGCGAUGUCAUUAUGUCGAGCAAGGCGGUAAAAGAUAUAAAAGAGCCGGUAUACCUGGAGGAGUUUCUCCAACAUCAGUAGACAAUCCAGAAAUAAUUUCUUUAGCCGAAUCAACUUUAAAAUUACUUGAUGGCGAAUCGGGACAUUCCAACAAAUAUAAAGUCGUUAAAAUCCAUUCAGCUACUACUCAAGUUGUUGCAGGCAGCUUAACGAAAAUCUCUGCGGAUAUUGCUAUUUCCGAUUGUUUAAAAAGUGAUAGUAAAGAUGCGAAAUUAUGUGGAAUCCAAUCGGGAUCAACUCCAAAAACAUGUAAAAUUGAAGUUUGGGAUCGCCCUUGGUUACCAGACGGAAAACAAACGACCGUUACUUGCGAUGCAAAAGUAUCAAAAUUUAGAAGUAAACGUGAUUUGCACGCCUCCCCUCACGGAACAAUGAGAAGAAAACGACAAAUUGUUGGAGCUCCCAUUGAGGCAUCAGCGGACGAUCCGGAAAUAAUAAAAAUGACUCAAACGGCAGUAAAACAAUUCGACACAGUUUCCUCAGAUUCCACAAAAUAUAAAAUAGUAAAAAUUCAUACCGUAACCAAACAAGUUGUAGCCGGAGUUCUAUACAAAAUAAAAGCUGAAAUUGUGCUAACUGAUUGUCCAAAAACAGACCCAACCGACGCAAACAUUUGCGGGACGGCUAAAGAGGCAAAUUCACGAUUGUGCGAAAUCGAAAUUUGGUCCCGUCCUUGGAUUCAACCCGGUGGAACCGAAACGACUGUAAAAUGUGGGGAUCAACAAACAAAAGUAAGAUCAAAAAGAUCUCUUCGUUACAACCAAGAUCGUCUCGAUAAUAUCGCUUUUAACGAGUUUUUGAACAAAUAUGAUAUCAGUUAUGACAGCGAAAUUGAACGAUCACGGCGGUUUAAAAUUUUUCAAACAAAUUUAAAAGUGAUUGAAUUGCAAAAUCUCUCGGAAAGGGGAUCCGCCGUUUAUGGAAUAACCCGUUUCGCCGAUCUAACACCGAAAGAGUUUAAAAGAAACUAUUUGGGAUUGAAAAUUAAUAAUAGAGUUGAAAACGAAAUACCAUUCGCGCAAGCGGAGAUUCCCGAUAUCGAUCUUCCUACCGAGUUUAGUUGGAAAGAUAAAAAUGCGGUAACCCCAGUCAAAGAUCAAGGUUCUUGCGGUAGUUGUUGGGCCUUUAGUACAACUGGAAAUGUUGAAGGACAAUACGCGAUUAAAUACGGAAAUUUACUUGAAUUCUCUGAACAAGAAUUAGUCGAUUGUGACUCUUACGAUGAAGGAUGUGGAGGUGGACUUAUGGAUAAUGCUUACAGGGCUAUUGAAAAUUUAGGUGGAUUAGAACUAGAAUCCGAUUAUCCUUACGACGGUAAAAACGAAAAAUGCCAUUUCAACAAAACAUUAUCUAAAGUCCAGUUAUCGGGUGCGUUAAAUAUCAGCCAAAACGAAGAUGAUAUGGCGAAAUGGUUGACGCAAAAUGGUCCCAUUGCUAUAGCCAUAAACGCAAAUGCUAUGCAAUUUUAUGUUGGAGGAGUUUCUCACCCAUGGAAACUCCUUUGUAAUCCAAAAAAUUUAGAUCAUGGCGUUUUAAUUGUAGGAUAUGGUGUUCAUUCAUAUCCUAACUUGAAGAAAGAUCUUCCUUAUUGGGAAAUAAAAAAUUCGUGGGGUAAACGAUGGGGAGAACAAGGUUAUUAUAAAGUGUACCGAGGCGAUGGUACUUGCGGUGUAAAUCAAACGCCUUCCAGUGCGAUCGUGGCUUAAUUAAUAACGAAUUUAAUAUGUGAUAAUAAAUUUAUCAUAAUGAAAUAAUAAAUUAACAUAUUAAUUUUAAUCGUAUAUAUUUUUAAUUAGUAAAUUCUUGUUUUGCUAUGUUAUUAAUUUUUAGUUUUGGAAAUAUAUCUCAACGUCACAAUGUUAAUGUUAUUAUUGGAUAGUUUCGAAUCUGUAUAUUUUGUUAUUAAUAAUAAAUCUAUAUAAAAUAUUA